UUUGGCCAUUCAGUUGCCUUAUCGACGGCCAUCGGGCUGGGUGUACUUACACCUGAAUAUACUUUUCAUUGUUUUUUUUUUUGUCGCCCCCCCCCCGGUGAAUAUUAAUUCGAAGUGCGGUUGGAGAAAUGGCAGCCCGAAUCGUUUGCUUGUUGUUGGCCGUGAUUUUGGUGACGGUGGCACCUUUGGAGGCUGCCAAAAAGGAGGGCUUCCCCGUGUCCAUCAUUCACAUUAACGACCUGCACGCUAGGUUCGAGGCCACCGACACGUCAGGCGGAACGUGCGACGAGGGUGAGGAGUGCAUCGGCGGAUACCCGCGAACCGUUCACACCGUGAGGCGACUGCUCCGGGAGCAGGCGGAGCUCAAUCCCAUCUACAUCAAUGCUGGCGACAGCUUCCAGGGCACCCUCUGGUACAACAUCGGUCGGUGGAACGUUACCCAACAGCUCCUGAACCUCCUGCCCGCCGACGCCAUGACGCUGGGCAACCACGAAUUCGACCACGGAGUGGAGGGCGUGGUGCCCUUCCUGGAGGCGGUGGACACCAACAUGCUGGUGGCCAACAUGGACUGCGCCCACGAGCCCACCAUGGAGGGCAAGUACAACAAGUCGAUGAUCAUCGAGCGGUCGGGUCGCAAGAUUGGACUGAUUGGCGUCAUCCUGGAGACGACCUACGAUCUGGCCAACACCGGCAAGGUGAUCUUCCGCAACGAGAGCGACACCAUCCGCGAGGAGGCACAACUGCUGAAGUCCCAGGGCGCCAACAUAAUCAUCGUGGUCUCGCACUGCGGCUACGACGUGGACAAGGAGAUCGCUGCCAAUGCCGGCGACUGGAUCGACGUCAUCGUGGGCUCCCACUCGCACACCUUCCUCUACACGGGCACACCGCCGGGUCCGCACCGCCCCGUCGGCGACUACCCCACCGAGGUGGUCCACAGCUCCGGCCACCGCGUCCUCAUCGUCCAGGCGUCCGCCUACGCCCGCUACGUGGGCAACCUGAUCGUCUACUUCGACGACAACGGCGACGUGCUGGACUUCGAGGGCGACCCGCUCUACAUGGACCACUCCGUGCCCGAAGAUGAGGAGGUGCUGGAGGCCAUGCAGCCGUGGAAGUUGAUAAUCGACGAAAAGGGCAAGGUGGUAGUGGGCAGCACGAAGGUGGACCUUACAAAGGACGACUGUGCCGCUGGAGAGUGUAACCUGGGCAACUACUUCUGCGACGCCAUGGUGCACGCUUUUGUGGGAAUGGCUCCAUAUGACCAGAAGGCCUGGACAAAUGUCUCCGCCGGACUCAUGAACAUCGGAGGACUUCGCGUGCCGCUCCUAAGAGGCAACCUCACCUAUGCCCACAUAGUCAGCAUGUCGCCAUUCGAGAACACGCUAGUGGCCUACAAUCUGGCGGGCAGCAAAAUAGUGGAGGCGAUGGAGUGGGCCGUUGGCAAGGUGGACCUGGAGAACGGGGUCUCCGGAUCGUACAUCAAUCUGCAGUUCUCGGGCAUUCGGGUGAAGUACGAUUACACCAAGCCAAUCGGAUCGCGAGUCGUCUCCGUGGCGAUGCGUUGUGCGGACUGCGAGGUGCCCAAGUACGAGCCACUGGUAUCCAACAAACUAUAUCGCCUCGUCUCGCCCAACUUCCUGCAGGCGGGCGGCGAUGGAUUCACCAUGCUCGCCGAGGGCACAGACCUAGAGUGGGGAGUCACUGACUUGGAUGCCCUGAUCUCGUAUGGCCAACACACCAAUCCCAUCUAUCAUGGUCGCGAGGGACGCAUCACUGUGCUUAACUGAUCACGGAAUUCAAAAUAGCUUUGUUCUGCCAAUUUGUUGCAUUUGUCCCCCAAUAAACUUUCCACAAAAAUUUGAAAA